AUGCAGUCUCACAAUUUUGCCCAUAAUAUGCCCAUUGACUUAGUCUCCAUGCCCCACGAGGCUUAUCUGUGCGAUUAUGGAGAAGACUGGGCCGGGGUCACAAACCAAAAGGAGAGAAGAAAGUUGCAGAACAGACUCAACCAAAGAGCUCGUCGCCGGAGAAAAGCUCAGCGAGGGAGUGCCGGGGAAGAUGCCGCCGCCUCACACCAGGCACCAUGUACGAGCAUCAUUGCCUGCUCCGAGGAUGACAUGAUGAUGGGGGAGGCGACAUUAGACAACGUGGAUCGGAAACGUGGGCUCUUAACUCAAUUUGCCCAGAACGCCCUUACAAGCUACGCAAAAUGUCAGCCAAGUGCAGAUCACCUGCUCCGACUGAUUCAGCACAAUGUCGUGGAGAGCCUCACUGUGAAUUCGGCUAUGCUCGGCUUCACUGUCGACUGGCUCCUGUGUAGCUCGGUUUCCCCUUUUACUGUUUAUGGGCCGGAGAAGGAAUCAGGUGGCGGAUUCUUCCAGGCACCGUGCCCCUCAAACCUCCUUCCGACUGCUCUUCAAAAGCGAAUGCCGCAUCAUCCAUGGGUCGACCUGUUCCCUCUGCCUCAGAUGCGCGAUAACUUUCUUCUGGCUAUCUCGAAUAGUCUUUCUAUAGAAGGAGAACAGAAGCUCUGGGACGAUAUGAUUGAAGUAUGCGGCCAGACAGAUUGGGGUGGCAUGAUAGUGUGGGGUGAGCCCUGGGACCCAAGGAAUUGGGAGGUAACGCUGCCAUUCUUCAAGCGAUGGGGGUGGCUGUUGCUAGGGUGUCAUGAGAUUUUAGAGGCCACGAAUUAUUGGCGAAGGCAGAGAGGUGAAAGGCCUUUGGCAUAUCUGUCAUCAAGCCAUGCUUAA